CAGCAAACUUGACUGCUAGUUUUCUCCUGGUCUUCCCAAGUCCACGGCUUUGAAACAGUUGAAGUACAGUGCAGAUAAGGUGGCUGUUAAGAGGGACGGCCCAGUGCUGCCCAGACAAGACUGUUGUGAAAGAUUUGAGCUCGGAGAAAGAAUGCAAUGACAGGCCUGGACCUGAACUUCCGCAUUAAGCAGGAAGAAGUUACUCAGAGAGCCAGAUACAAUCCCCAUCAACACACACAAAUCUGCCUGUAUGCCUGUUUUCUGGGGUUGAGAUUUGUUAGAGAAUUAUUUUGAUGUGGAACUGAUGUCCAUGAAGCGGGUAUCUUGAAACUCACUGGUGAAGCAAGGAUUAAUACAUUUGAAAAGAUGGAAGACAUUGACGCCAUGUUCAGUGACCUGCUGGGGGAGAUGGACCUCCUCACUCAGAGUCUCGAUCAGGAAACUGUACCUCCUGCAUCUCUCCCCAGCACCCACAAGGAAGUCAACUUCUCCAUUGGCUUCACUGACCUGAAUGAGUCCCUCCAUGAACUGGAAGACAAUGACUUGGAUGCACUCAUGUCUGAUUUGAUGGCUGACCUCAAUGCGACGGAAGUGAAACUUGCAGCAGAGAUAAAAGGUCUAAAGGUGCCAUCACCGCCCUCGCCAGACCUGCCGCCACCACCUAUGGGCCUGAGCACUUACCCUGCCUCGUCCCUCGCUUCCCCAACACCCCCCACGAGCAGAACAAGCAGCACUGUUAGCACCCCGGCCUCCUCCGCCAGCUCCCCUUUACCACCUCCGCCUUCUCAGUCUACAAAGCCUUCAAAGGAGGAAAUUGAGGCGCAGAUGAAAACAGACAAAAUCAAGCUUGCUCUUGAGAAGCUCAAAGAAGCAAAAGUGAAAAAGUUGGUGGUGAAAGUGAUGUUGAAUGACGGCAGCUCCAAGACUCUGAUGGUGGAUGAGAGGCAGACUGUCAGGGAAGUGCUGGACAACAUGUUUGAGAAGACUCACUGUGAUGGCAAUGUGGACUGGAGCCUAUGCGAGACCAACCCAGACCUGCAGCUUGAACGGACGUUUGAAGACCACGAGAACCUUGUGGAGCCUCUCUUAGCUUGGAUGAGGGACAGCGAGAACAAAAUCCUCUUUCAAGAGCGGGGGGAUAAAAACGAGGUUUUCAAAAACCCACAGAACUUUUAUCUAUGGAAGAAAGACAAGAAAGCUCUCAAAGACAUAAAAGACAAAGACAAGCAAAUAUUAAUACAGGAGAACUUCUGCGGGACUUCCAUCAUUGUGCCUGAUCUCGAAGCAGUGCUGUACCUCAAAGAAGACGGCAAGAAGUCCUGGAAACAGCGGCUCUUUCAGUUGAGGGCUUCUGGAAUUUAUUACGUGCCCAAAGGGAAGACCAAGUCGUCCCGUGACCUCGUCUGCUUUGUCCAGUUUGACAAUGUAAAUGUCUACUAUGGCAAAGACUUUAAGAGCAAAUACAAGGCCCCAACUGACUUCUGCUUUGUUCUGAAGCAUCCUCAGAUCCAAAAAGAGUCUCAGUACAUCAAGUACCUGUGCUGUGAUGAUGCUUGGACCAUGAACCUUUGGGUAACCGGAAUACGAAUUGCAAAGUACGGUGUGUCUUUGUAUGAAAACUAUAAAACAGCCGAGAAGAAGUCUGUUGUUGGCUCUACGUGGACGACCCUCAGCACCCCGUCGACCUCCAAGCCAUCGACACCCUCACCCACCAUCAAAGCCAAAUCAACAAACCAGGCCAAUGGUCAUGCUCCAAAUCCUCAACCAGGACCUGUUUCUAAGGACAUUGGAAAUAUCCCACCUCCACCUCCACCCCCACCACCCACCAAGAUCCUUCCUCCGCCACCUGCAGACCCAGCCCUCCAUCCUCCGCCUCCACCUCCUUUGGCGGCCAAGGGUUCCUCAAAACCUGGCCUCCCCCAGCGAAACUUGCAUACCAAUUUCCCUCCACCUCCACCUGUAAUGGACAACCUCCCUCCUCCACCGCCGUCUCCACCCAUGGACAGUGCCCCACCAGACUUCCUUCCACCCCCUCCUCCUGCCAUUGGCUUUGGUUCAUUGCCACCUCCUCCACCGCUGGUGAAUUCCCUACCACCACCACCACCACUUUGUUCUAGAGGUAUGGACCACUCUCUGCCUCCUCCACCACCAGAUCCAGAGUUUUUACCACCGCCUCCGCCAAUGUUCACAGGGGCUGGAGCCCCCCCUCCGCCUCCACCGCCUCCUCCGCCUCCAUCUGCUGCUGCUGCCCCAAGAGCAGCGAUGCAGCCUUCUGGCUCAGUGAAGAAGAUGCCUCCUGCUCCGCCAAAGAGGACUACACCAUCGACGCCUGGAGGAGGAGGUGGUGGUGGUGGUGGUGGAGACUUCAUGUCAGAACUAAUGCUGGCCAUGAACAAGAAGCGUGGGGUUCAUUAGCCUGAGCAAAGAAUUUGUGGAGUAUAAAUAAAGUACGAACUGGGCCUGCAGGACAACCAACUUAACCCUUCAUCAGCCUCGCUUUGAUUUCAGCAAACAGCUUCUUUACACCCACAACAAAACUUAACAUCUUCAACACAAAGCUAGCAGAGAUCAAUACAGAUUUCAUCUUCCAGAGAACAGAUGGCGAUCCAUCCAUCCUUUGUGCUUAUCCAUUCUCGCAUGAAUCAAGUGAAAGGUUGAUUAUACUUAAAAUAUAUAUAUUAAAAAAAAAAUGCUGUCAUUGAACUUAUACUUAAAGACUGUUUACUAGAAUUGUACAUAUUGUCAUGUUUGUAUGGAGGGCUAUAAAUAUUAUAAAAACACUUUCCCAGUUACUUGGGCAUAUACUGUACAGUGCCUAAUUACUGUGGUUUGCAAAUGACUGUUGCCUUAAUAAAUCCUUAGAAUUCCUGGUGGCAUAAGAAAUGAG